GCUCAAAAUAAUUUUCGAGUCCUCCCUGGAUCAUGUGUCCACCACCGCGGGCAUUUGGUCCACCAUAAACUAAAGUUCAUUAGGAAUGUCGGAGCACUGGAUAGACAGCAUUACUUUAAAACUUGUCUGCAAGAGGGUGAGAGGAAGACACACUUACGAUGUCAUAGCGUGUGAAAUAGAUCAGGUUCAUUCAGCCUUUGGACCCCAUAAAGUAACAGCAUGUGUCACCGCCGCUUAAGUGCAUUUCUGUUUUAAUUGUAUGGGAUAAAGUGACCUUUUUAUAUUCUUCAUUGACCACUUAAAUUUUGUUCUCAUGUUUCCCAAAUUCUACUGAUUGACCUCACCAUAGCCUACUUUAUCCUGUUUGUGGAUUUUACAGUGAGGCAUUUCUUUGUGCAGACAGGGAUAUUGUUUAAAUUAAGAAACUGGAAAGUAAAGUAAUAAGUAGUGAAGUUACUUUUCAAAUGCAUUAACUAGUAAAGUAAUCUCAUUACAAUUUACAGAAGUAACUAGUAAUAAGUAACUAAUUACUUUUUUUGAGUAACUACCCCAACACUGCUUGCUGGUAGGCUGCAGAAGCUGGGCAUCAAACCUGGUACCUUAGGUCCGGGCGUGGAGGAGCUGCCCUGUAACGUUGUCCUGCUCCUCUCAGGGUGAAGAACAUGCUCCUCAAGUCCAACUGCGUCCUGGAGGCCUUCGGAAACGCCAAGACCAACCGCAACGACAACUCCAGCCGCUUCGGGAAGUACAUGGACAUCAACUUCGACUUCAAGGGGGACCCCAUCGGGGGACACAUCAGCAACUACCUGCUGGAGAAGUCCAGGGUCAUCUUCCAGCAGGACGGCGAGAGGAGCUUCCAUUCCUUCUACCAGCUGCUCAGAGGGGGGCCGGAGUCUUUGCUGCGCUCGCUGCACAUCCAGAAGGACCCCAAGGCCUACGCCUACAUCAAGGUCGGGGGUCAGGUCAAGUCUUCCAUCAACGAUGGAGCAGACUUCAAAGCCGUAGCGGACGCCAUGAAGGUGAUCGGCUUCACGUCGGAGGAGACUCUGACCGCCUACAAGAUCCUGGCCACCACGCUCCAUCUGGGGAACCUGACCUUCGGCGUGGACGGGGACGUCGUCCUGAUCCAGAACCCAAAGGUGGUGUCCGUGAUCGGGGAGCUGCUCUCCACCCCGGAGGACAACGUGGAGAAGGCGCUGCUGUUCCGCACCGUGGCCACGGGCCGCGACGUCAUCGACAAGCAGCACACCGCCCAGGAGGCCGGCUACGGACGGGACGCCCUCGCCAAGGCCAUGUAUGAACGUCUCUUCUGCUGGAUCGUGGGGCGUAUCAACGACGUCAUCGAGGUGAAGAACUACGACGCCAGGGUCCACGGGAAGAACACUGUGAUCGGGGUGCUGGACAUCUACGGCUUUGAGAUCUUCCAGAACAACAGCUUUGAGCAGUUCUGCAUCAACUACUGCAACGAGAAGCUGCAGCAGCUGUUCAUCCAGCUGGUGCUGAAGCAGGAGCAGGAGGAGUACCAGAGGGAGGGCAUCCCCUGGAAACACAUCGACUACUUCAACAACCAGAUCAUCGUGGACCUGGUGGAGCAGCAGCACAAGGGCAUCUUCUCGGUGCUGGACGAGGCCUGCAUGAACGUGGGCAAGGUCACCGAUGAGGUCUUCCUGCAGGGGCUCAACGGCAAGCUGGCCAAGCACGUCCACUACACCAGCCGCAAGCUCUCGCCCACGGACAAGAGUUUGGAGUUCGACCGAGACUUCCGCGUCAAGCACUAUGCAGGGAACGUGGUGUACUCCGUGGUUGGCUUCAUCGAUAAGAACAAAGACACUCUCUUCCAGGAUUUCAAGAGGCUGCUGUAUAACAGCUCCAACCCGGUGUUCAAGGCCAUGUGGCCGGAGGGGAAGCUGCGUAUCACCGAGGUCACCAAGCGCCCCCUCACCGCCGCCACCCUCUUCAAGAACUCCAUGAUCUCAUUGGUGGAGAACCUGGCAUGCAAGGAGCCCUACUACGUGCGCUGCAUUAAGCCCAACGACGUCAAGUCCCCGCUGCUGUUCGAGCAGGAGCGCUGCCGCCACCAGGUGGAGUACCUGGGCCUGCUGGAGAACGUCCGCGUGCGGCGCGCCGGCUUCGCCUACCGCCAGACCUACCCCCGCUUCCUACAGAGGUACAAGAUGAUCUCGGAGUUCACCUGGCCCAACCACGACCUGCCCUCGGACACGGAGGCGGUGAAGCGCCUGCUGCAGGGCUGCGGCUUCGACCACGACGUGGCCUACGGCAAGACCAAGGUGUUUGUGCGGACCCCCCGGACCCUGUUCAGCCUGGAGGCCCAGCGCGCCGACAUGCUUCAGAGGAUCGUGCUCUUCCUGCAGAAGGUGUGGCGGGGGACCUGGCCCCUGGCCGGACGCGUGCCGGCGGAUGCGGGCGGGGCUGGUGAUCCUGCGGGCGUACCGCCGCUAACAAGGUCAAGUCGUACGUGCGCGAGGUCAACCGGCGCUUCCGGAACGUGCGCACCAUGAAGGACCACGGCCCGCAGCGUCAAGUGGCCCGCCCCCCCAAAGGUGCUGCGCCGCUUCGAGGAGCUGCUGAAGAACAUCCACAGCAGGUACACACACACACACAC